CGUGAGAGCCUGCGCGCCUUCGUGUUUCUCGGGCGGCGCCUCAUCAUAGAACUCUCGGAGGAGUGGCACUCGCAGACGUUUGCAAGCAUGGAGUGGAAACCGAUGGAAAUCAACCCAGAGAUGCUGAACAAGGUAUUGAGUAAGCUGGGUGUUGGUUCAGGUUGGCGUUUUGUUGAUGUUCUGGGUCUAGAGGAUGAGUCUUUGUCCGGGGUGCCUUCACCCUGCUGUGCCUUGAUGCUGCUCUUUCCUUUAACGCAACAGCAUGAGGAAUUCCGUUCCAAACAGUCAGUUGACAACGGUCAAGGCAUAUAUUUUCUGAAACAAACAGUGGUCAACUCGUGUGGAACUGUGGGUUUGAUACAUGCUGUGGCGAACAAUCAGGACAGUAUUGAUUUUGACAAUAACUCUGCACUGAAGAGUUUUCUAGAUGCCACCUCAGGGAUGUCUGAUGCAGAACGAGCCAAGAAACUUGAGAAAAAUAAGGCCUUCCAGGAAAUUCAUGAUGCGGUUGCUGAUGAGGGACAGUGUCUGCCAGAGCCAGACAAAGUCAACUUCCAUUUCAUUACAUUUGUCAAUGUAAAUGGUCAACUUUAUGAGCUGGAUGGCAGAAUUGAUGGACCGGUGAGUCAUGGAGCCACAAAGCCAGAAAGCUUUGUCCUGGAUGCAGCAAAUGUGUGCCGUGAGUUUAUGGAGCGAGAGAAAGGGGAGGUGCGUUUCUCUGCUGUGGCUCUAUGCAAAGCCUGAAAAGGAGCCAGGUGACAGCUGAACCACAAGCAAUUCUGCAAAACUGUUCAAUCACUUAAUACGUAUUAUCCAGAGCACAAAAGGCCUGUACCUCACCUUGAUACAUGCUAUACAAACUGCCUGCCUAUCUGACUGUGAGUUUCUGUAAUUUUAGUUUAAUUUCAUAUUUAAUUGAAUUUCUGUCUAAAAUCAUUAUUCUGUCUGUAAAUACCAGUGUUUUUGUUGAUGUACCUCAUUUGCAUUUUUCUGUUUGAGUGAAUUUUGGGCUUGUUGCAAUAUUGAGCAGAAAUGUAACAUGAGCUCAUUGGCUUGAAUGUGUGUGCAAAAUAAAAUCGGUAAUGUUA